AGAGCACAAAAAUUAGAACUGGAAGAAAUUGGUAUAAAUCUUGCAAUUCAGCACAUUUUCACCAAGAGUUUUCUAUUUAGACAUCAGAAAAUAUUGAGAUUAAUUAUUUUAUUCAAAAUUCUCAAAUAUAUGCAACUUUCAACUCUUACAAAUUUGGAAUGGUGGCCAUUUGAAAUGUUUUCAGAUAUUGAAGAAAUAUUUAUGGAUAGUUUUGAUUAUAUUAAUAUUAAUGAUUUAGAUCUCUGUAUUUCACAAUUACAAGCUAAUAAAAUCAAAGAGAUCAUGGGAGUAAUACUUUAUAUUGCAUCAGAAUUAUUUAUGGGUAGUAAAUACUCAAUAGCAACUAAUGUAUAUGCUUUCAGUAUUAAUGUGGAAAAUUAG